CAAACCUAGUGACCAACCAUGUUUAGGAACAUAGGAGGGAGGGUGAAUGGGGUGAAUCCAAAGUCCAAAUAAUAAUAUUAAGUGGUGAUUUCCUAAGCAUCUCCAAUGCAUUCAUUAUUCAAUUUUCAAUUCCUUUUCACACACACCCCGAUUGGUUUUGAAAAACACAGAAAGAAAGAGAAGACUUGAGAGAGAGAGAGAGAGAGAUGGGAAGAAGAAGGUGCUUCUUGGACAUAAGCAUAGGUGAAGAGCUUGAAGGAAGGAUAGUGGUUGAGCUCUUCAACGACGUCGUUCCCAAAACUGCUGAGAAUUUCAGAGCUCUCUGCACCGGCGAUAAGGGCAUUGCUCCCAACACCGGAGUCCCCCUCCAUUUCAAGGGGUCAUGCUUUCAUCGUAUUAUUAAGGGUUUUAUGAUCCAAGGAGGCGAUAUUUCUGCUGGAGAUGGUACUGGAGGAGAAUCUAUAUAUGGACUGAAGUUUGAAGAUGAAAAUUUUGAAUUGAAGCAUGAAAGGAAAGGGAUGCUAUCAAUGGCAAACUCUGGUCCAAAUACGAAUGGGUCUCAGUUCUUUAUCACCACUACUCGAACUUCUCAUCUAGAUGGUAAGCAUGUUGUAUUUGGGAAAGUAGUUAAGGGAAUGGGAGUGGUCCGUUCGAUUGAGCAUGUUACUACCGGAGAUGAUGACCGUCCCACUCUUGAUGUGAAAAUUGUGGAUUGUGGAGAAAUUCCUGAAGGAGAAGAUGAUGGAAUCUCCAACUUUUUCAAAGAUGGUGAUACUUAUCCUGAUUGGCCAGCAGAUCUUGAUGAGAGUCCUAAUGAACUUGAAUGGUGGACGGAAUCUGUUAACAACAUUAAAACUUUUGGUAACGAUUAUUACAAGAAACAAGAUUACAAAAUGGCUCAAAAGAAGUAUCGAAAGGCUUUGCGCUACCUAGAUAUUUGUUGGGAAAAAGAGGGGAUUGAUGAAGAGAAAAGUUCAGGUUUGAGAAAGACGAAGUCUCAGAUUUUUACAAACAGCUCUGCUUGUAAAUUGAAAUUAGGCGAUCUCAAAGGAGCAUUGUUGGAUACCGAAUUUGCAGUGCGUGAUGGAGAGAAUAAUGCCAAAGCUUUGUUCCGCCAAGGUCAGGCAUACAUGGCACUCCAUGACAUUGAUGCUGCCGUUGAAAGCUUUAAGAAGGCAUUGACCUUGGAGCCAAACGAUGCUGGAAUAAAAAAGGAACUUGCUGCUGCGAGGAAGAAGAUAGCUGAUAGGCGCGAUAAAGAGAAAAAGGCAUAUAGCAAGAUGUUCCAAUAACAUUUGCUAUGCCUCUGCCAGUCAAUCCAGGUCCAAGGAGCAUUGUAUACAAAAUAUUAAAACAGGCUUGCAUUCAUUGUUGCUAAAUGUAUUAGGAAUGAGGCUCAGAGGAAAUAAGUUGAUACUGGAUUGGUAUCUUGAUGAAUUUUUUAGCCAAAAUUUUUAGUCAACCAUUUUUUUUUCUUUUUGCAGAGAACUCAACUCAUUAUUUGGUGGUUAUUAUAGCUAUGGAAAUGUUGGUUAUCCGAUGGACCAGUGAGAAAGCUUUACUUGUGAUUUUGUUUUGAUAUUUGUAAUUAGGUACUUACACUCAAAAAGAGAGUAAUAUAGCACCUCUAUUGGUUAUUCAA